CCUGGGCGGGCCCGGGUGAGGUCACUCUUUGUGGUGGCCGCGGCUGCUGUUGGCAAGAUGGCGCCGGUGCUGGUGGAGAAGAAGUUGCUGGGGCCGGAGGCGGCCGGCGCCGCCGAGAUCCCUAGCGAGGAGGAGGAAGGGCAGAACCUGUGGUCUUCAAUACUGAGUGAAGUUUCCACCCGGUCCAGGUCUAAAUUACCAUCAGGCAAAAACAUUCUUGUUUUUGGUGAUGAUGGUUCAGGUAAAACAACACUUAUGACUAAAGUACAAGGAGCAGAGCACAGCAAGAAAGGAAGAGGAUUGGAAUAUUUGUACCUAAAUAUUCAUGAUGAAGACAGAGAUGAUCAGACUCGCUGUAAUGUUUGGAUUCUAGAUGGAGACCUGUAUCAUAAAGGGCUCUUGAAGUUUGCUGUUUCUGCAGAAAACCUGCAAGAGACCUUAGUAGUCUUUGUGGCAGAUAUGUCUAGACCAUGGACUGUUAUGGAAUCUCUACAAAAAUGGGCCAGUGUCUUACGUGAGCACAUUGAUAAGCUGAAAAUCCCCCCGGAAGAGAUGAGAGACAUGGAACAAAAAUUUAUAAAGGAAUUCCAGGAGUAUGUGGAACCUGAAGAAGGCUACCAAGGAUCACCACAGAGAAGAGGUCCUUCAUCUGGCCAAGAAGAUGAAAAUAUUACUUUGCCACUUGGAGAGAAUGUGCUGACUCACAAUCUUGGGAUCCCUGUGCUGGUGGUUUGUACAAAGUGUGAUGCAGUGAGUGUACUAGAGAAGGAACAUGACUACAGAGAAGAACACUUUGACUUCAUUCAGUCACACAUUCGUAGAUUCUGCUUACAGUAUGGAGCUGCCUUGAUUUAUACAUCAGUUAAGGAAGAGAAGAAUCUUGACUUGCUGUAUAAGUACAUUGUACAUAAAACAUAUGGUUUUCACUUUACCACACCCGCCUUAGUGGUAGAAAAGGAUGCAGUCUUUAUACCUGCUGGUUGGGACAAUGAAAAGAAAAUUGCUAUUUUACAUGAAAACUUCACAACGGUGAAACCAGAAGAUGCAUAUGAAGACUUCAUUGUAAAACCUCCAGUAAGAAAGUUAGUCCAUGAGAAAGAGUUGGCAGCAGAAGAUGAGCAAGUGUUUCUUAUGAAGCAGCAGUCUUUACUUGCCAAGCAGCCAGCCACGCCUACAAGAGCAUCAGAAUCUCCUGCAAGAGGACCUGCAGGAUCCCCAAGAACCCAAGGCAGAGCUGGUCCUGUCAACGUACCCAGUGCCUCACCAAUAACAUCAGUUAAAAAACCAGAUCCAAGUAUUAAAAACAAUGCUGCAAGUGAAGGUGUGUUGGCUAGCUUCUUUAACAGUCUGUUGAGUAAAAAGACUGGCCCUCCUGGGAGUCCUGGAGCUGGAGGAGUGCAGACCACAGCCAAAAAAUCAGGGCAAAAGACUGUUUUGACAAAUGUUCAAGAAGAACUGGAUAGAAUGACUCGCAAGCCCGAUUCCAUGGUAACAGCAAACUCUCCAACAGAGAAUGAAGCUUGAUAGUGCUUAAAAAAUGUAUAUGUAAAUGACCAAAUAACUAUGUAUAUGGAUCUGAUAAGACCAGGAUUUUUCUGCUAUGGCAGAUGCUAUACGUUUUCUUGGGGCAGGGGAAAUGAACUUAAAACUUCAUUGGCUUGUCCCGGUAUAAAGUGCACAUUCAGGAAGUUUGCAUAUAAAAUCCCUCUGUAUAAGAUAACCAUUUAGAGUUUAUAUAGGGCAAUUCUCUUGAUUUUGGAGAUAAGCAGGUACAUCAGCAGCUGAAUUUCUUGUUAUGAAGAGCACAGAGAAGCAAAAUGCAGAAUACCUUUUGCAGUACUACUACUGACUGCACACAGAGCAAGAAAGACAUGAAAUCCCUUUUCAGAGUUACUGGAAUUGGCCAUUUGUAUGUUAGCAAACACAUUGGUGUACUUGGAAAGGUGGGGAUACAGCACAGCAUUAAUUAGAUGGAGGAGAGAGAAAUCCAGGUAGGAAAUGCAGCACUGGUAGGGGGACGCAAGAUUUGGCUCAGUAGGAAUAAAGAAUGCUGACUGGACUGGAGAGGGAACACAGUUACUAAAUCCUGUGGUCAACAUAGGGAGAAUAAUCACUGUUUAAAAAGACUUCUUAAAAUUAGAGAGUUUCCAAGCCAAACACUAAGCAUCAUGGGAAAUAUUCUUGUUAUAAAUUGCGUCUUUAACAAAAGAUGUAUAAAAUGGAGGGAUGCCUUUUUUGGUAUAGCUAACACAGGGAGAAACUACAACUUGCUUAGAUCCAAGUGCCUGGCACAAAGUGUGAUGUCUUUAGAAGGUGCUUGAACUUAUUGUGCACUGUAGUACAAACAGUCACUGUUUGGUUUUAUUUUAAAAUCAGUAGUUUUAACAAUUGUAUUUAAUUUCAAAUCCUGUUUUCUGAUUGUUCCUGCCUUGUUUUUUUAAAUGCCAAGAGGCUAGCCUAAGAGUGAUGGGUGACAUAUCAUUUUCCCAUAAUGAAAUGUGCUACAGAAUACUCCAAUACUUCUUGUUUGUAAUUAAACAAUGGCUACCAAGCUCAGACUGAUUCCUGCCUUAUACCUAUGGAAGUUUUAUAGACUUUCAAGGUUCUUGUUCCAGCCAUGUAAGCUGCAAUCUGCAGCAGACUCUCCAAUUCUAAUAAUAAAUUGAAGAGUAUGAAUGUGUACACUGAAGAAUAUAGAACCAGUGACUGUUCAGUUUGUAUUUUUCCCUAAAUGUAGCAUUUUCAUAUGGAAAGUUGCAGUUGUCCCCUGUUGCUAUAUGGAGUAGUGUUCUUGGUCAUGUAAAACACUUCUUCAGUUACUGAAAUGGCACUUUGAUUUUAUCACGGUAUAUUUGUUUUACACAUAAACACUACCAUAAAUGAACUGUAUCAAGCAUAUUCUAUGCUUUGAAGGGGAAAAAAACCACAAUUUGAAUUAUACACAGUUUACUUUUUAUUGAUAUGAACUUGUUUGUUGUACUAAAUCUGAUGUCUGGAUAUAGCUUCCCUAAUAUAUAUCAUUACUUAAAUAUACAGAAUUAGAUUGACCAUUAACACAGUCCUGGACAUAACUUCAAAUCCUAUGUUAAAUCAAGAGGCUGGCUUUUUCCUGUUUUUGUAUGUCUGUCUAAACAUUAUCUAGAAAGCUAUGAGUAUUUCCUUGCCUCUUUGACAAACAUUAACAUAAAAGCAUGUUACUUGUGCCAGUUUUAUUCUUGAAAAUAUAUUGUAUUUUUUCCGUAUUUUUACUUUUUUAAUGUUAUGACCUUGAGUUAUACAUUUGUCUAAAUGGUUGAAAACUGAGAGGCUGUGGACAGCAGAUAGGUUGUGUGGUUGUACUGCCUGGUGUAACAGGUGCCAGUGACAAGAUGAAGUUAAAAAAAAAAAAAAAAAAUCCUGUUACCACACCA